AUGGGUUCUCCACCAGACUCGACUUCUUCCACUCAUGGUUACUAUCUGCGACUCGUUCUAGGUAUCUCAAGGCUGUUUAGCAAGAAAGGAGUUGUCAUCCUGCGAAAAGGUGGAGUCCUGAUUGCGGUUAAAAACAACUUGGUCUCAAUACCACGCCCUGAUCUUGACUCGGACUGCGAAAUCGUAUGGUGUGAGGUGCUCCUGGACAAAGAGACAAUCCUACUCGGCUCUUAUUAUCGUCAAGAAUCCUUAGGCAUGAUUUCCCUUGAUGCCCUGGAUAAUUCUCUGAGCAAAGUCACGAAAUUAGCUGGAAACCGUCAUGUUAUUCUCACCUGGGACUUCAAUUUACCAUCUAUAGACUGGGCCACGUCUAGUGUCCCCCCUGGUGCAAAAGAUGCAAACCUCUGCAGGCGUUUACUUGAUAUUGCUCAUGAUUUCAAUCUUGAGCAAUUGGUCCAUGAGCCUACAAGAUACGGCCCCACUUCUGCUAACACUCUGGAUCUGGUUUUUAUUUCUCAAAGCCUGACUUACUAUCUGACAUUAAAGUUCUACCUGGAUUGCUCCCAUCGUACUGUUCAACAGAAUUGGCAGGUGUUCAAGACCACAAUUCUGGCCCUGGCCAGAAAGCACUAUCCUGUAAAAUUGGUAAAGCCCCAGCAGAAAAAUCCAUGGUUUGACAGAACCUUAAGGCGCCUUACACGGAAGAAGCAGCGCCUCUUCAAACUUGCAAAGAAAGUCAAUACACCACAGGCUUGGUCAGCAUACCGUAAACACAGGAAGGUCACAACCCAGGCUAUAAACAAGACAAGAAAUAACUAUGUAUCUGGGCUGCUAGACGAGAACAUCCAUACUAAGCCUAAAAGGUUUUGGAACUACAUCAAGUCCAAACGCCAAGAUAGUGUUGGUAUCCCUGCACUGAAAGUCAACAACGUUAUCGUCUCAGAAUCUAAGGCCAAGGCAGAAGCUCUUAACAACUACUUCAAGUCUGUGUUUUGUAGGGAUUCACCAGAUAAUGCUUCUCCAAAUCUACCUCCCAAGGAUAACAUCACUCCCCUUGGGAAUAUAACUGUGACUGUUAACGGUGCUAUCAAGCUUAUUGAUAAGUUGAAACCAAAUAAGGCAUGUGGGCCAGACAAAGUAUCUGCACGGAUCCUGAAACUAGCACCAACUGAGGUUUCUGUUGUCUUACGGGAGAUUUUUCAACAGUCUCUGGACACGGGAGACAUCCCAGAUGACUGGAGGCAUGCCUUUGUAACCCCAAUCCAUAAGAAGGACUCAGGUCUCCGUCCGAAGUACGAAGUCGUGCACGUUCCCGUGCUGACGGCAAGUAGUGGGACACCUUACGAGACUACGGUGACGGAGAACAGCCAGACGUACCUCACAGGGCCAGCGAUACGACUACUGAACAAGAACAACAACUACGACACAGGCAACCCGUCGGUAUAUUUCCCGUUACUCCCUGUUAAGCAUUCGCAAGGCUAA